UUUGUAGUUAUGGGAGGAGAGGGGAUUGAGCAGAGGAGUAAGUACAGAUGGGAAGCUUGGCUUGGAUUGGCCAGGCUAGGAGGGGAUGGGAAAGGAAAGAAGGGAUGACAAUUGACUAGAGCUUAAUUCUCCCAUAUAACUAUCUUUUUGUUAUAUGUUUUUCUUUCACAGUUUUUCUGGUCUGCUCUUUGUGUAUUUGUUUUGUUUUUGGUUUAAGCCAGGAGGGACAGUGUACUAUCCACAUAAUUAUGUCGAUGAUACACACAAUUGUUGUGAUAAUGAUGUGGAUGUCUAUGUGAUAUGAUAUGAAAAUUCUGUAUCUUUUGAUUGCCUCAAGCCUUUCCCCAUUAUUACCCAUAUCCAAGAGUGGACUUGGAUCAUCACCUGUUAACAUACCUGUGUUUAGUCAAUCAUUAAUGACCACAAUCGUACCACAAGGUACCAUUCAGACAACAGGACGCCAUCUCAUUGCGGAACUAACAAGACAACCACCAUGAUCUGUUUUCUUGUUAUAGUUUUGUUUGAUUUGAUUUUGAAAGAUAUGACAUGAUAAGACAUGAUCUGUUUUCUUGUUCUAGGUUUGUUUGAUUUGAUUUUGAAAUAUAUGCUAUCUUUAUAUAUCUAUUGAAUGAGUAGUACUGUAAUGAUUAUGAACCAAAUAGAUUUGGAUGUUGUAACAAUGUGGAAUUAACACUUCUGCCAGUUUCACUCACCGAUGAAUUUUUACGAGUCAAUUCAGUACGAGUGUCAUCGAUUAAAGACCUGUUCUAAGUAAUAAUGGGGAGAGGAGGCAACUGCAGCUGGAUUGGAGCAGAGAUCCCUCUGUCAUCUGAAUUCUUCAGUGUGAUCCGGAAUGAGCUGUGGCUUUUCCUCAUCCCUGCUGUGCUGACUGUGAUCUUACUGGCCCUGUUUCUGGAGGAGGUGGGCUUCUUCCUGCGCCAUGUGCCUUCCUCCAAACGCCAACGCCUUUAUCUGUGGAUACUGGGCAUGUAUCCGGCCUUUGGUAUAUCCUCCAUCAUCGCGCUGUAUGUUCCCCGGUCCUCCUCAUUGUGUAAUUUCAUUGCAUCUCUCUACCACUCGAUCACCUUGCUAAAGUUCAUGGAGCUCAUCACAAACUUCUUUGGAGGGAAAACACACAUGCUUGAGAUCUUGGCUGGAGAACAGGUUUCCCCAGACCCUUUCCCUUGUUGCUGCUGCUGUUGUCUACCUAUGAUUGCAAUAAACAGGACAAGUUUGGGAUGGAUGAUGGCUGCAGUGCUCCAGUUGUCUGUGGUCAGAACCAUCCUGUUUUUUGUCACUCUUGUCCUCUGGACAGAUGAGCAGUAUGACUAUGGAGAUGUGGAUUCAGUCAAUCUUAAUCUUUACGUGAAUGGUAUCAUAGGGUUUUCUACAUUUUUGUCUUUCUACGGCUAUCUGCUGUUUUACAAGGCCACCAAAAAGACGUUGCAUGGUUAUGGUCUGAGGGCCAAGUUUGUCUGCAUUAUAGUGGUAUUGGUGUUAUGUGGCCUGCAGAGUGGAAUCCUCGAGACUGUGGGGGCUCUGGAAGUCCUGCCUUGCACUCCUCCAUUCUCUGUUCUUAUGAGGUCCCAGUUAAUCUACCACUAUGCAGUGGUUGUGGAGAUGUUCUGCAUUGGCCUUUUUGCCCGCCACACAUUCCGUAAAGUGGAGCCCAGUCCAGAGGAAGGCAUUGGGCUUGAAGAAAGGCCUGACAGAGGCCUGCUGCUGGAGAAAGAAGUUCAAACAGAAGAUGGGGCAUUGCUUGGUGUCAUCACACCACCAGAGGACUCCUGGCCUCACUGGUCCUCUGGCGGAGCCUCCAAUCAAGGAUAUAACAGUGACAGUGAAGACAGCCUCUGCAGGAUAGAACAUGCUCCUCUGGAUCGCUUCUCUUUCCCCCUUCAACCUAGAAGUCAAGACUUGGCUCUGUCAGAGAGGUUUAAUCCCAAGGUCUUUGAGGAAAACAAAACUUUAAAUCUGGCCAAAGUGACAGUGACGGCGGAUGUCAACUAUGAUGCAUCUAAAGAUGUCACUGUUGUAUAAACAUGUUGUUCAAGAAUAAAUGUCAUAGACAUCUGGAUAUUGUAGUUCUCUAGGGAAAGUGUCUCAAGGUGAAACUACAUUGUAAGCCAUUCAUGCACACCAAGAAGAACCAUGUUGUUCUAACACUCAUGUCCUACUGAAGACAUAGUUAAGCACACUUUGCUUGGGGCUAUAGGGUUUUGGCCUCACUAAAUAUGUAAAUUGAAAACAGCUAUUUAACUUGCUAUCAUGCCAGGGAAGCUAUUUCCCUUGCGUCUGGGAUAUUGUUGUUUAAUAAUAGUGUAAUAGCUGUUUUAUGAACAAUAAAU